AUGGCGUUCAUGCCGAGCAGCUUCGCGAUCCGUCAGUUCCCUAGCGCUAUUGGUUUCUCCGCCACCUGUCUCGAUCUCCCAUAUGCCCCCAGUUUCUACUCCGCCCCGUCACCAGCGCUGUUGUCCCAUCACAGACAGCCCUUUCUCGGCAUACUCCGAGAGCUAUUUAUAUUACGGCGACUAAAAGCGGCUGUUGAUAUGUGGCGGCUAGGGUCCAACCUUUCUCGUCGCCAAGGGUUUACAGCCGUCGCUUUCUCGCGACCCUUUUCAGCCGCAGCCGUUUCACCCCCCGGCAGCAGUUCUAAGACCGACGAGCUACAAUCAGCAUCACCUUCCGUGAAACCGAGGAAGAUCCAGUGCUGGAAGCCAGAUCCCGUGUCUGGAGUGUGGGUGCCUGAAGACUCGUUCGGUUAUGUUGAGUCUAGCACCACGGAAACCCCGCAGAAGAGAAAGCGCAGCUUUCUGGGGGCGUCUAUGGACGAGCGUGCGUGGUGGUCGUCACUGGAAGAGCUGCCCGAGGAUCGCAUGCAACCCACGUUCAAAUAA